AUGUUCCACGCUCAUUAUUUGUAUUUGCUAAUAUUCUACUUUGUCUACAUCAAGAGAAAAAGACAAACUGAUGAAUUCAUUGCCAGACAAAAACUGUUCGAUGAAGUCUGUCUAGAAAUGUUGGAAGAGGAGCAACGGGAGGCGGAAUUGGCUCACACUAGAGAAAUGCUAAAUGCUUAUGAACAGUAUUAUGACGAUCUUUCCUCAUAUUCCGAUGAAUGGAUCAGCUGUGAAUAUCCAUAUCUAGAUGGAAAACAACCAGUAGUGUCGAAAAAGUCGAAGCUUUGUGGAAAUCUUGCUUGUGAUGAAGUUCUGUUCAAAUCACGGGUUACGCGUGUUAUGGGAAUUAAUAAUGAUCCAAAUUUUCUCAAGCUUUCUGACAAAGCGAUUGUGGAUGUCUAUGCAGUUAAAUUCAGUGAUAGGAUUGAUAUAAUGGAAGGAAAGCUUGAAGAUGGAACUCGUGGUUUGUUCUAUGCGAACGCAAUCGACAAACAUCCAUACGUCGAAUUUCUUCGCAAUGCAAUCCAAACGAAAAAAGAAAUGACUUUAGUGAGCCAGGAUCGAAAUGAUAUCGGUGAUAAGCGGCUCGUUGGGAUAGUUCAUUCAGAAACUGAUCUUGUACGCGAUUAUAAUGCAAGAGCAAGAGAAGCAGCUCUCGAAGCUGGUCUUCCUGAGCCAGAGCCUCUUCCGGUCCCGUAUCAGACCGGAGGACACGGGCAUUCGCAUGGCCAUGGACAUAGUCAUGGAGGGCAUGGUCACAGUCACGAUGGGCACGGUCAUAGCCACAGCGAAACAGCUCAAAAGCCACCAAAGGUUGCUGAACAACCAAAAAUUGAAUCAACACCAAAAGUGGAAGAAGUUACCCCUGUUCCACAAGUAGCAACACCAACUGCAUCGGCUCCUGAAGUGACUACAACUCCUGCACCACUUUCUGAUACAACUAUCAAUCCGGCUAUGUUAGACGAAGAAAUUGAGAAAAUGAUCAAGAUGGAAGAGGAAAUGUUGAAAAAACAAAAACUCGCUGAACAAGCUACAGAGCCAAUAAAGAAAGAACCAGUGAUUCAUGACAACGACGUCACAUUGCCACCACUCGAGUUGAAGGCAUAUCAAAUUCCUACGGUUGAAGUAACACCGGCUCCAACUCCCAGUCAAGAAGCUGUUCCGCAAGUUACUCCAGCGCCGACCAUUCAAGAAACUGUUUCUGAAGUGACACCAACUCCUAUUAUCGAGGAAAUAUCGGUGACUCCAGCACCUGUUCAGAUUCCGGAGAUUACUACGACUCCAGCACCUGUUCAGAUUCCGGAGAUUACUACGACUCCAGCUCCUGCCGAAGUAGUGACACCGCCAACCGUCGAAGUACCCGAAGUGGUUCCAUCUACUGCGCCGGUUCCUGAUUCAGUGACUCCAGCUCCACAAACCAUUGAACCCCUAGUUACUUCAUCUCCACAAGCUUCUGAACCGCCGAUAAAUCCACCGACUCUCGAUGCUAUUGUUCAACCAGUAACUACUUCCACUGUACCACCACCACCUCCAACUCCAGCUGCGGCUGAGCCUCAACUAACAAUUUCGGAGCCUGUUGAAGAAACGGGUACGUGCUACAAAGACGAGUGUCAUGGAUUGCAGAAAAAUGAACCGAACAAAGAUGACAUCGACGAGGAAUUCAAGAAGUGGGAAGCUGAAAGGAAAGGAAAAUCGUAUGAAGAUUCUUACGGCGACCGAUUUAAAGAUUUGAAGAACUUGUCGGAUGAGCCACCAAGAGUUCUCCCAGUUUCUUCUGGACUUAUCGAUUUCAUUCGGAACACGUUCGGGCUUGGAAAUGUUAGUGAUGCGAGUGUCGUUUUCUACGUAAAUCUCACGUUCGUCGCUGCUUCGUUGAUAUUGUUCAUCGUGAUUAAUACACUUUCGCCUUCUGAACAACCGGAAAAAUUGGACAGAAUGGCUUAUUUCAAUUUGUCCACUAAAUACAAACAACUGGAAAUGCAACUCAACGCCAAGAAUGCAGAAAUUGCCAAAAUUCAAAGUAUGGGAGUUCAAUCCAGCUCAAAUGAUCAAGAAAUAUUUAUGCUGAAACAACAACUUCAGAAGCUUCAUAAUGAACUGCAAGCAGCGCAAAACCAACGUGCGCAAUCGGAGCUUCAAUUGAACCAGUUCCGUGAUUUGAGCAACGAAAAUCAACAAGAAAUUGCACGAUUAAACGCUGUUAUUGCGGAGUUUGAAACGAAAUUAGCACAGGCUUCUCACGGUGGUCAUGAGACGGCGAGAGAAUUAGAUAUGAUUAAAGUGCAGUUGAACGAAGCACACCAGCUUGUUCUUGCUAGACAAGAGGAAUUGAAUGAGCUCAAGAAAGAAAAGGACGACUAUCAAUCGCAGUUAGAGAAGAGUUUGUCUGAAAUUAGAGAUUAUAAACAAGAAAUUGAUGGAUUGAAAUCGAAGGCAGCCGAGUUGGAGAUUGCUUUGAAGCAAUCGAACAUUGAGAAUGCAGGACUCGCCGAAGUUAUUCAACAAUACGAGAAGAACCAGAAUGAAGCCGGAUCUGCCGCUGAAUCUGGAGGUUCUGGAUGGUCGGACUUUGGUGAAAGCGACGAUUUUGAUACUGAGAAAAAAGUCGAAAAGCGAGAAGAAAAAACCCCGGAAGCCUCGCAAACCGGAUCCACCGAUUUGGCUGAUAUCCGAGCUCGCUAUCAGAAGUUUGGUGAGGAUUCUAGUGAACUAACGUCGUUGAAGGAAAAGCUGGCUGAGGUUGAGAAAGAGCUGAAAAAAUACAAGAAUUUGUAUGAGAAUGAAGAGAGGACCAAGACCGACUCGGACUGGAAGGUGAAGAAGUUGGAAUCGGAAGUAGUUGAGGCGAGAAAGAAGGUCGAAGAGCUUGAAAACGAAAAGAAGGAAGCAUCGGAAAGAAUGAACGAAAUGCUCAAGCUGCUCAAUACGACGAUGAGCAAGACAGAAGCCGCCGAUAAGACAAUCGCAACACUUCGCGAGGAAGGAUUCAAUAAAGAUAAGCAACUGUUUGAGGCGGAAGCGUCCAUUCGCAAGAAGGACGACAAGAUUCGCGAGAUAGAAACGGAGCUUAAGCGACUUCAGCGAGAGUACACGAAACUGGAAACGAAGAGCUUCCACGAUGUCAUGCAACUUAAAAAGAAGCUCGACGACUAUCAAACCUCGCAAAUAUUGUCAAAUACGUCAAUGCCGCUUUCACGAGAUUCGUUCGGAGCUCCAGACGGAGUUUCUUCUGAAUUGAGACGAGUUGGAAUGUCCUCGCCGUUGGAUAAUCCAAUAUGGGAUGAACCAGAUUUUAAUCCAAUAAUGGGCCAGGAUGAUUAUUUCUCAUCUGGAAGUGCUUCAUUGUCAUUGAAAAAACGAAGUAGUCGUCGCAGCGAUCGACUGAUUGGUGGUGAGAACUCUCCAUCGGAUCGCGAGGAGAAAACGAAGAAGAAGGAAUCGGUGACCCAUCGACGACGUUCGCGAAGUCAAGGACGUUCAAUGUACUCGUCUGGAUUUGCUCCUAGUCAUCAGAUGCCGGGAUCUUCUGAUUCAAGCUUCAUGUCCCAUGGCGCAGGAUUCCCACCAAUUAGUGGAAGACACAGUAAAAGUGGGCACUUGCACUACUCGUCAGGCGGUUCAAAUGGUGGACGAAGUCCACCACCAGAGAUGCCUUUGCUUAGCGCAGUACCACCGCCAGGAGUACGAAAAGCGCCAGGCAAACGACUAGAUCACGGAAUGCAUGGAAAGUAG